AUGGCGCCACCCACGUCUCUGUCUUCGCACGAGCGGACACGAGUCGAGGAUUAUCUUAAUGAUAAAAUACAGAUUCCGGCUGAUCUUGAGAGUUUGGACUCGCUGCUCUCAAGUCUCCGCGCGCAACAGGAGCUCCAGCGGAAGCAGCUAACAGAUGCGCACGAAGCUCUCUCAAAUGCGACCAAGGCAUCAAAUGACCAUGCCGAAGCUACUCGAAAGCGUGCCGAGGCAUUCGCGGCCGAGCAGGCGGACAUCGACCAGCGGCUGAAGGCGAUUACACAAUCAGAGACGAGCGAUGAGGCAGUGCGGCGGUUGGAGAAAAGUAUGGAGAGGCUUCAGCGGUUGGAGAUUUCUAAGGGAUAUGUGGGAUUGCUGAAGGAGGCCGAAGAGCUGAGCAAGAAAGCGUUGUCCGUUAUCUCCUCCGAUCCCCGGGCCGCCUUGCAACCCUAUUCUCAGCUACGGAAUAUUGUGGUCUCACUGAAAGAGGCUCAACCUGCUGCCGAGGGUGCUGCGCCCCACCUUAUCGACUAUACAGAGAAACUGGCGUCCGCAUUGAGGGAACAGUUGAAAAAAUUCUUUGGCGAUCAGCUACAGAAGACGCUUACGUCUUUGAAAUGGCCAACACGGGAGUUGAACAUCACGGAUAAAUUGUUGGAUCAAUGGAGACAUGAUGUUGAGCUCCUGAUUGACUUGCAGACACCAGAACUCCCACACCGUGAUGCAUUGAGCAUCAGCCAGACAUCCGAACCUCCAUGCUUAUUCCCUUUAGAUGUUAUGGUGCAUCCUUUGAGUCUGCGAUUCAAGUACCACUUUAGUGGUGACAAGCCGACAAACAGACUCGACAAGCCGGAAUACUUUCUUUCUCACAUUUUGGACCUCAUCAAUCAAUUUGGUGGUUUCUUUACUUCAUACUUCCAGCCAAUACUUGAUGAAAAAGCUCAGUCGGCUGGUGUCAGCUUGGAAUGGAACUUUUAUAAUGCUUUGCAUGCAUUCAUUAAUGCUCUUAUGCCAAUGUUAGAAGAGAAAGUCGACUUAUUCCUUCCACAAGUUUCCGACUAUCCUCAACUGCUCAGUCAUUUCAUCCACGAGUUGAUGAAAUUUGACAACGAGAUCCGGGAAACUUGGAACUACUUACCAGACCCUUACUCGGAUGGAAACUGGAAGGGCAUGACCGGGGAGGUUCUCGCCAAACAAGGGUGGUAUGAUCGCUGGCUUCAGAUCGAGAAAGACUUUGCCCUGGCUCGUUACAAGGAUAUCAUCGAGACUGCCGACGGUGGAGAGAUUGACUAUGAUGGCGUCGAGUUGACCGCGACUAAACCAACAAAAUCCGCAAUUCGAGUCAACGACCUUCUCGAAACCAUUACAGAACGCUACCAGCCGCUUUCUUCCUUCAGCCAGAAGUUGCGAUUUCUCAUCGACAUUCAAAUUACGAUUUUCGAUCAAUUCCACGAGCGCCUUCACUCUGCCUUGGAGGCCUAUCUUGCGAUGACCUCUACACUAGGCCGGACGGUACGAGGAGCAGACGGACAAGCCAGUGUAGAAGACGUUGCAGGUCUAGAGCGGCUCUGCAGAGUUUUUGGCAGUGCAGAGUAUCUUGAAAAGAAGAUGGAGGACUGGAGUAACGAUGUAUUCUUCGUUGAACUAUGGUCGGAGCUUCAAGAACGUGUCCGCCAGGGUGGGAAAAAUGUUGCGGGCUCCAUGACCGUUGCCGAGGUAGCCGCUCGCACUUCGCCAGCAGUCAAUGGGGGGUCAAGUCCUCAAACAUCGUCUGACGGUGCAUUGUUCGAUGAAACUGCCUCCGCAUACCGUCGUCUACGACAACGGUCCGAAUCAAUAAUUACCUCCACCCUGACCUCGAACAUCACUGCAGCCUUGAAGCCUUACUCCCGUGUAGCUACCUGGGCUACACUUUCUGUCCCCUCCGCUGGCUCAGCAACCUCUCCCCUCUCCCUCUCCUCCGACUUGGCACACGCAAUGCGCACACUGUCUUCCCAACUUGCCUUUCUUUCCGAAGCCUUGGGCGUGGCGCCCCUACGAAGAGUGUCCCGCCAGCUUCUCCUCUCCAUACAGACUUACAUUUGGGAUCAUGUCCUGACUAGGAACACUUUCUCCACGGCCGGUGCGAAUCAAUUAGUCAGUGACGUCGAACAAAUAUGCAGCGUGGUUGAUAACACCCUUGGCGUGGCUGGCCAUCCAGGCGGCUCGUUGCUGAUCAUGAAGAAGCUCAACGAGGGUCUGCGUCUUCUGAACCUGACUCCGUCGGUCGCUGAAUCUGGUGAUGGAGCUGGCAAUGAGUCUAGUGCUGGGCUAGGCUUGUGGGAUGUGGAAAAAAGGUUGUUCAAGGACAACGAGAGUGCUCGUGCUGUUCUUGUUGAGUUGGAGAUCGAUGCAUUGACUGAGGCCGAGGCUCGAUCUGUACUGGGACACAGGGUGGAGAUUGGCAGUUAG